AUGGAGGUCAACGGUCGUCACAAGCCUACAAGAGAGUAUAUCGACAGAGGGUGCAAUGGUGUAAAACCGCCCAAUAAUUUCGGCGAAGUUGAUCCCUGGACCGCGUGGGCGUACAGGCCACGGACCAUCUCGUUGUUACUCAUGGGAACCUGCUUUUUAAUUUGGGCAAGUGGUGCUCUUAAUCCAGAAGGAAGCUUCUCUGCUGACCGUGUCUCAUCUGUAAAAAGGGGCGUCUUUGCGAUGAUUGCUGUUUUCUUGGCUUAUUCUUUUCUUCAGGCACCUUCAACUGUGCUCAUCAGACCACAUCCUGCAAUUUGGCGCCUGGUCCAUGGGAUGGCAGUUGUUUACCUUGUGGCCCUCACAUUUUUGCUUUUCCAGACUCGUGAUGAUGCCAGGCAGUUCAUGAAGUACCUUCACCCUGACCUUGGUGUUGAAUUACCUGAAAGAUCCUAUGGAACCGACUGCCGUAUAUAUGUACCUGAUCAUCCGAAAAGCAGGUUUAACAAUGUUUAUGACAUCCUUUUUGACGAAUUUGUUAUUGCCCAUAUCCUUGGAUGGUGGGGAAAGGCUAUAAUGAUACGAAACCAACCACUUCUAUGGGUGUUAUCAAUUGGUUUUGAGUUAAUGGAGCUAACUUUUCGACAUAUGUUGCCAAAUUUUAAUGAAUGCUGGUGGGAUAGCAUUGUUCUAGACAUAUUGAUAUGCAAUUGGUUUGGUAUCUGGGCUGGUAUGAAGACUGUGAGAUAUUUUGAUGGGAGGACAUAUGAAUGGGUUGGCUUGAGUCGCCAGCCCAAUAUUAUGAGUAAGGUGAAAAGGACACUAGGUCAGUUCACACCAGCACAGUGGGACAAGGAUGAGUGGUACCCUCUGCUUGGCCCUUGGAGAUUCAUCCAAGUGCUAAGCCUGUGCGUAAUUUUCAUGACCAUCGAACUUAACACAUUCUUUCUUAAGUUCUGCCUCUGGAUUCCUCCCCGGAAUCCCUUGAUUGUCUACCGACUGGUCCUUUGGUGGUUGAUUGCGAUACCAACCAUCCGCGAAUACAACACCUAUUUGCAGGACAGGAACUCUGUGAAGAAGGUGGGGUCUUUCUGCUGGCUUUCGCUGGCUAUAUGCAUCAUAGAGCUUCUGAUCUGCAUCAAGUUUGGACAUGGUCUCUUCCCGAAGUCGAUGCCGUCAUGGCUGAUCAUAUUCUGGACGACGGUGGCCACGCUUCUCACGCUGUUCCUUUUUGUGUGGACAUGGAAAAUUUACAGAACAAUGAUUAGAAAAAGGUUGUGA